AUGCUGAAAAGUACAACAAAGAGUGAUAGAGCAAAGCGAGAACAAAACAGGAUAUUAUUAGAAAAAAAAUUAUCGAAAGACUCUGUUACAUCUACGAAAUUUUGUGAUUCCUCCGAAGAUAGAGAAGGCAGUUCCAGCACAAGCAGUAACGUUAGUUUAAAUAUUUUAGAAAAACCAAACGCUAUAAGAACAUUAGAUGUUAAUAAAACGGAUUCUUUUUUACGUGACAAGAAGGCACAUUUGAAAGGAGGUUCUAACAAAUUAAAUAAAAAGAAUUCACAAAAAUUAAGUAAAUCGAUUACACUGGAUAAAGUGAAUGAUUCAAACGGAUUAUAUAAUAACGUGUAUGUAGGAAAGUCGAAAAGAUCCAAUAUAAAAUUAGAUGAAAGUAAAAUUUCUGAUAAGAUAAGCAGUAAUAAAGUGGAAGAAUAUAAUGAUAAUAAUCAAGAAGAUAAUAUAAACAAAAAAAUACAAAGAGACAAUACAAAUAUUUUACAUAAUAUUGAAGAAAAUAAAAAAGGAAAUUUAGGGAAAUUGGUUCUUGUAAAUAAAUCCAGUGAUAAUAGUUCUCCAAGGAGUUUGUCUCGUACUAUUUCAUUUAAAGACAAUUUAACGAGUUCUGAAAAUAAUUUAUAUAGUAGUAGUGAUAAUUACAACAAUUCAUCCUAUCUUUAUCCAGAUAAUAGAAGUAAACAUUAUAUGAAUCAAGUUAAUUAUUAUAACACUACUACUAUUCCCUCUGACAUUUUAAAUUCUCACCCUACUAAUAUCAGUUCAAAUUUAAGAUCUGGGAAUAAGGCUAGGUCCCAUCAUAAUGACAUCUAUUUGGAUGCUGUUAAGCAUAACGGUUUGAGUCCAUAUGCAGCAAAUAAUUUGAACUUAUACCGUGGCAAUAAUUUGAUUUCAUUCGCAAAUAGUUUGAAUAGUUACGGUAACAAUAAUUUUAGUCCAUACUCGAAUAAUUUGAAUGUUCACCGUGUAAACAAUUAUUUUGGUACAAACGCAAACAAUUUGAAUGAUCAUUUUAGUACUAUUACAAAUUUGCAUGAAAAUAGAAGUAAUAUAGCUAUUAAUGAAAAAUUGAAAAAUCCCGCUUUCUACUCGUCUAAUAAUAUUGAAUAUACUGGAAACGGCGAAGAUAUGUAUAACACUGUUCUAGAUGAAAAAUAUACUAUUAAUUGCAAUUUAACAAAUGAAAUGGACUUUACAAAUAUGUAUAAUAGUAGAACACCUAUAGGUAGUAAUAGCAGUACAAAAAAAAAUAUCGAUUCGUCGAAUUAUGUGAAUAAUGAAAAUGCAUAUUCUUUUGAUAAAACAUCUUAUAGUACAAAUAAUUCUAAUGAAUAUGCAUCACCUCCGACCGUUACUUUUGGUGAUAUAGUUGAAAGAAAGAACAUGUACAAUAAUCAUAAAGUAAGUGCAAACGUGAAUCUACAUAAUAAUAGCAGCAAUAGCAACUGUGGCAGUAGUAACUAUGGCAGUAGUAACUAUAACAAUAGUAACUAUAACAAUAGUAACUAUAACAAUAGCAACUAUAACAAUAGCAACUAUAACAAUAGCAACUAUAACAAUAGCAACUAUAACAUAAGUAACUGUAAUAAUGAUAAUUAUAGCAAUACCAAUUACAGUAAUAGUGUUAAUAAUAAUUAUGCUAACGGUGUAGUGGAAAGUAUUAUCAAGAGGAAAGAAGCAGUAAGAGUCAGAACAGCAAAAGAUGAAAGUUCGAACUAUAUUAUUGGUGACGUUAUUGAAAAGAGUAACAAAACAUUAAAGGAAAAUGAAAUUAUAGAAAAAGAAACACUUAAGAAAAAUGAUAUUACUGUAUGUGAAGACGUUAGUUCUCAUACCGACUAUUCUAGGGCAACACAUAGUUCGCACAUUGUAGAUAAGAGAAUAGUUCAUGAAGGAUUUGAUACAAUUAAGAUUCCAAAAUAUAGAGAAGUUGAAAUUGUUGAAAAGAUUGUUGAAAUACCAGUUGUUCACAAAGUUAAUAAGUACAUAAACAAAUACGAAAUUAAGGAAGUUGAAAAAGUAGUUAAGAAGCCAAUUAAUAAAUAUGUUGAAACCAAAAUAGAAGUACCUGAGCUACAUUUUCAAGACAAAAUAGUAGAAGUACCAGAACUGCAAGAAAUUGUUAAAAUAGUGGAAAAACCAGAAAUAAAGGAAAGAAUAAUAUAUAAGAAUAAAAUUGAAACAAAAAUAAUACCAAAAUAUAUUGAAGUUCCAGUAGUAAAAAUAGUAAAUAAAUAUGAAAGUUAUGAUGAUAUAGGAGAAGUUAUAAAGACUGUACCAGUGAAAAAAAUUGUUGAAAUACCAAAUGAAGUAAUAAAAAAAGUUAAAAUACCUAUUAAAAAAAUGGUAGAAGAACCUAAUUAUGUGCCUGUAAUUAAAUAUCGUGAUAUACCAAUAGAAAAAAUAAGAUAUGUUCCUAAAAUAGAAACAGUAGAGUUGGUAAAAAAUAUACCUAAAAUAAUAGAUAUACCAGUUCCAGUAAAAAUUCCAAAAGUAAAAAUUAUAGAUAAACCAUUUUAUAUAAAUAAAUAUGUAGAUAAACCUGUUGUUGUACCCAUUUCAAAGAUAAUUAAACCAAUAUAUAAGUACGAGGGUAAAAAGGUAAUAGAAAUACCUAUUCACAAGCCAUAUAUUGUUACGCAUGAUACUGUUGUACCGAAGCAUGUAGAAAAUAAUAUGAACCAUGGAAGAUACGCAGUUUAUGCUAAAAAAGUGGAUCUUAAUUCUUUGGAUCCUGUAAAAAGAAAUGAAUUAUUUAAUUUGGUAAAUAGAAAUAACCUCAAUAAUGUGCAAAGGUCGAUGAGUGCAGAUAAUUUCUUAUCCAACAGAAGAAUUGGCGAUGGUUAUUUAGCUGACAGUUUUAAUAUAACUAGUGAAAUUGGAGGUAGUAAUAAUAAUAAUAAUAAUAAUAAUUGUCAUAAUAACAAUAAUAGUAAUAGUUACAGUAAUAGUUAUAGUAACAGUUAUAGUAAUAAUGGAGGUGGUCGUGGUGGUAUGCCUUUGUUGAAUAACUUUUCCAAAUCGGGCUACGAUGCUGAGCCGGGUUACUUCGACCAUCGUGCUGUCAAUGAAGGGGGCGUUGGUAUAGGAAGCAUUAGGGGCAAUAAUAACUACAGUUGUGGUAGUAGAAAUUUUAAUAACGGUAAUAAUGUUAGCAACUCCAGUCCUCUAAACUUCUCGAAAAGCUUAAAUAGUAACUUAUACAUGAACAACAGUCCUACAUUCGGUUCACCAAAAAAUGAUUUCUAUUUAAACACGCAAACAAAUGAUAUGAACAUGUACAAUUCGAAUGGAACGAUUGAUUAUGGAAACGAGAACAAUUCAUUUUAUUAUAGUAGCAGCGCUUUAGAAGGAAGUUAUGAUACGAGAGAAAUAGGAGCAGGAGUUGGAGAAGAUCGUUCUCAUAAUACAUUACCCCAGAUGUACUACAAUAAUGACGUAAAUUGCGAAGGAAAACGAAAUAGUGAUAAUUAUUUAUCUAUUCCAAAAAACUCUUUCCAAGCUUCUGGUAGUCAUGGUAUUAGCAUAAACACAAACGAUAUGAAAGACUCAGGUUAUAUGCGCCAUUUUUCUAAUAGUAACAAUUCAUUAUUAGAAAGGAGUAAAAAUUUCGAAAGCCAACAUAAAAAUAAUGUGAUGAACAAAUUGAACGAUGUUGAAUAUAUAACUAAGUGGCAAUCGAAUAGUCGAGCCAUUGGACAAUAUAACGAUUAUACAGAUGUAAAUAGUAAAUUACACAGCAUGCAAGAUACAAAUAAUACGACCUGUGCAUCAAGAUCUAGAAGUCCUAGUGUAUAUUCUGCUGACGGAAUUAGUGCUUAUGUAGUUGAGUAUGUGGGUGACGAGGAUGGGAGAUUGGGCAAUUCUGCUGUUUCGAAUAGCUUAAGCAGUGCGUUACCUCAAGAAAUGGGUAGUAACUAUUCCUUCAGUGGAACAAAUGGAAAACGUGAGGAUUGCGGAAUGAGGAAUGACGCAUGA